AGGGAGAGCGUGCACUGAGAGAAGAGCCUGGGAGAGAUCCAAGACGUGUUGACUGAGGAAGCGAAGGAGUGAAAGAGACAGAGAGCAGGAGCCAGCGAUGGCACUCAUGUCCCUGUCCUGGUGUCUCGGUGCGGCUUUGGCGCUGUCUUGCGGCUCUUCGUGGUCCCAAGCGCACUCGGCUCUGGCACCUGAGAACGAGGUGCCGCUUCGGCCGACUACGUGGUUACCGGAAGGAAAGAUUACCUCCAUAACGCUCCCUAAAGGACGGACUCGCAGGCUGUACUUCACGCUGAAGAAGAAGGCCCCGGCGAUGUCGGUGACCGUCAGCCCCUGCGACUUCCCCAUCGAAUGGAGCUUGGCUGCCCGCACCCUGAAGGACAAACCCCUCAAGAGCCUGCAGUGGAGCACCAAAAAGAGUAUGCCCGAGGUGUGGUGGCGAGGUCCUGGGACUGAGGAGAAAAUGCACAGCUUCACAGGCAACGCAGUGGACACCUACCGGGGUCCUUCCUACCCCCAUGCUUCCAUUUACAUCGUGAGGCUUCGCUCCAAACAGCAGAACACUCGAGCUACGGUGUACCUCCAUGAAGGCCUGGGGCCCUCGGGCGUCUUCCCCCUGCUCCCAGCUGACCCUCGAGUUCACACAUUAGGCGUCGGCAUGACCAGCGUCACCCUCAGCUGGGCGCCCAGCGCCACCAUAACCAGCCUCCCACACACACAGAAAAGUUAUGAUUACUGUGUCCUCGUCAACUCUCAGAAAAACUACCCCAGCCUCUGUGCAGCACGAGAGAGCAUGAGGAAAGAGAAAGAUCUGAACCAAGAAAAGAAGGAGAGGAGGAGGAGGGUGACGGUGUGGCCGAUUCUGAAAGAGUGGUGGUGGCAGCAGUGGGACUCGUACCCUGAGCCCCAGAGUCCACCUUCUACGCUCACUGAUGAGUAUGCUGACCUCCAGUGUGUGUGUGAGGGGACAGAGAGUGUUUGCACCAUCUCUGAGCUCCUGCCUGACACCCAGUAUUACUUUGACGUCUUCGUGAUCGACAGGCUGAACGGGACCAGCAUGGCGUACAAGGGGACGUUUGCUCGAACGCAUGAGGAGGCUCGGGCGACGAUCACAACGCUCAGAGAAGGGGAGCUGAGGUGGGUGACCUUCAACGACAGAGGCUCCAACUCAGAGCAGUUCUUUAGUUUCCGUCCUCGGGGCUUGCAGCAGAGUGGCCUCCUCACUUUGCAGAGCUGCGGUGUAGCUGAAAAGGUCAAGGUCACUGUGUCCAGUAAAGGUCAGGUUUUGACCUCCCAGGCUGUCGGGGGAGACUUAGCGCACAUUUGGCUCCAGGGAAGUCCUUCUUAUCUCAUUCACUUGGAGAGAGAAGGAAGUACAGCUGGCCACAUCUCCGCUGCUACAGACCCAGCUCUACCAGGAGGUCUGACGGCUUCAGUCAAAAUGCAAACCUCCUCAGCCUACCACCGCAGAGGGGUUCCAUCUCUGCCCUCCACCUUGCAGAUAAAAUCCUUCAACCGGUUGCGUGGUUGCAACAGUGUCACCCUGGCAUGGAUGGGCACAGAGGAAAGAAGCCUGUACUGCGUGUACCGCAGAAAGCUGGGAAACCUUGAAGCAGAGGCUGGGGGAGCAACAGUUCUUACUGCGCCCUGUCUGGGGCCAGAGUCCCGCUCUGACACCGAGAGGGUUCUCUGCAAGUAUUUCCAGGAGCUGAAUCCUCGGCGGGCCGUCACUACAGCUGUGAUCGGGGGCCUGGAGCCAGGGAUGUCCUAUGUGUUUGAUGUCUAUCUAAUGAGACGCUGGGGGAUCCCGAUCAAGUACGCCAGCAAGAUGGUGAAGACCAGAAAGGAGUGCUGA